CCACCCUCCCUCCCCCCUUUAAUUUCCUAAUGUUCAUCAUUAUCAAAAACGCAACUCUAGAUACUCCUACGAUCCAUCAAAUUUUCUAUUAACACUUCAAUCACUCACCAAAAAUAUUCAUUAUUUUGUUGUCUCUUUUUCGAUCAUCUACCGACCGACCCUCCAACGCUAAAAUGCGCUAUCUUCUAUUUCCCUCCUCUCCUUUGAUCUUGUCUUGUUCUCUAACAGGCAAACAGCACUGAUUUUAGCGGGUUAUAUGUUUUUCUUUCUUUUGCGGUUUUCGAUGAUGCAGACUAGGGUUUGGCGACCUCGGAUCUUGUUAUCGAUGAUGAUUUAUGGAAGUCUUAUGUGCGCAACCGCCGCCGACUCUCAUACUGUUUCGAUUUGUCCAAUAGAGUCUGUCACAGAUUGGAUCUUUGGGUUUCGAGAUCAAAACUGCGUCGUUUCUGGUGCUAAUGAAUCUCCCUGUUUCGCUGGUGUCACCGAGGGAGACGAGAUUUCGUUACAAAAGGCACUUAGUUUAGUUCAGAAGAAUAGUCAUGAAUAUGUAGCUCUGCUUUUUUAUGCAUCAUGGUGCCCCUUCUCUGGUACUUUUAGACCAAGCUUCUCCAUCCUUUCCUCUUUGUACCCUGUGAUUCCCCAUUUUGCCAUUGAAGAAUCAUCCAUCAGGCCAAGCAUACUAUCCAAGUAUGGAGUUCAUGGAUUUCCUACUCUUUUCCUAUUGAAUUCUACGAUGCGUGUGCGCUAUCAUGGCUCACGUACUCUUGGCUCUCUUGUCGCCUUCUACAGUGAUGUUACCGGUAUCAAGACUGCAUUCCUGGACGAAGGAUCAGUGGACAAAAUUGGACGAGUAUCACACCAUGAAAAAUAUGACACACCUGAGCAAGAAAGCUGCCCGUUCUCAUGGGCAAGAUCUCCGGAGAAUUUGUUAAGGGAGGAGACAUAUUUGGCCCUGGCGACAACAUUUGUGCUUCUGAGGUUGUUUUACUUGACUUUCCCAACCAUGCUUGCAUUUGCACAAUUUACUUGGAGGAGACACGUGCAGAACAUGAGACUGGGGAGCUUGUUAGAGCAUCCUCGGGCUUAUCUGAAUCUUAAUCGAGCAAUACAGCUAUUUAAUUCCCUGAAGGAGCCAUGCAAGAAGAGUAAUUUGCAGGAAGGGGCAAUGAAUGCAAGGGCUUGGGCUUCCAAGUCCCUUGCUACUGUUUCAAUAGGGGAUGCAAGCACCAGUAGGGGUGCACCUGUGAGUGAAUGUCGUUGAGCUUUUCUCUGGCGGAGGAAUGGAUAUUCCACUUGUCAAAAAAGGUGGGAGGGGCUGAAUAGGGAUGUUCCAACAGAAAAUUUGUUCGGACAUUCUGUUUAUGCCGAGCGGGCUUUGGUUCAAGAUCAUCUCGGCAUUCCUGAUGGUAGUGUCAGCAUUUGUGACGACGAAGCAUGUUGACGAUGUAGUAAUACGUCUUCCAUUUGUUUAUAAUUUAGAAUACAAUUUAUUUAGCGUUCAUGAAGAAAUAAUUGGAACUCAAUUUGUGAAUAGACUGUACAUGAGACUCAGAUGUCUUGUCGCCUUUUCUUUUCCAAAUAAGCAAGCAUGUCAAUCUGCGUUUCAUACGAUAUUUUGAAAAUUUUGACACUACGACGAGAUUGCCCUCGCAAAUUUGUAACUUUUUUGGAGAAUGUAGUGAUACUUUUUUUAAUGUAUAAUGUUUUUUUGUGGAUUC